CUCCGUCUUCGUCACGGACGCACCCGGUUUGGCUUAAUGUCUAGUGGUGAGUUUCGUGACAGCUUCGUCGAUCCCCCAGCCGCCAAAAAGCGGAAGCUGCCAUCGCCGACGCCGUCGCUGACACAGCCGCCCGAGCAGCAGCAGCACGAGCAGCCGCCGCAUUCGUCAUCGCCUGCGAUUGAGCGCUCUGCACCAUCAUCGGCCGCAGCCGCUGCAGUAGUAGUAAUGGCGACGUCCAAUAACAAUGGCUCCGCUCCCGUGCCGUCCGUGGAGAACAAUUCCGGCGGUGGUGUUGCAGCCGCUGGCGCCCAGGAAAUCGACGAGGGCCUGUACUCACGCCAGCUGUACGUGCUCGGUCAUGACGCGAUGCGUCGGAUGGCCCGUUCGGAUGUGCUGAUCUCCGGACUGGGCGGGCUCGGUGUUGAGGUAGCGAAGAACGUGAUUCUCGGUGGAGUGAAAUCUGUCACCCUGCAUGACACGGCGGUUUGCACGGUCGGAGACCUGUCGUCGCAGUUCUACCUGACCGCGGACGAUGUAGCCAAUGGGCGGAACCGUGCGGAGGCUAGCUGCCAGCAGCUCUCCGAACUUAACCACUACGUACCGACGGUGGCAUACACGGGCGAGCUGACGGAGGAAUUUCUGCAGAAGUUCCGGGUCGUGGUGCUGACACUGGCCUCGCCCGCCGAACAGCGGCGGGUGGCAGAAAUCACCCAUCGGCACAACAUCGCCCUGAUUGUGGCCGAUACGCGCGGCCUGUUUGCCCAGGUCUUCUGCGACUUUGGGAACGACUUUACCGUGUACGACCAGAAUGGGGCUAAUCCGAGCUCGGCCAUGGUGGCCAGCAUUACAAACGAUGUCGAGAGUGUCGUUACGUGCGUAGAUGAAACGCGCCACGGUUUCGAGGAUGGCGAUUAUGUUACCUUCACGGAGGUUGAAGGCAUGACGGAGCUGAACGGGUCGGCACCGAUGAAGAUCAAGGUGCUUGGACCUUAUACCUUCAGCAUCGGCGAUACGAGCAAGCUGAGUGGGUACUUGCGCGGCGGCAUUGCCACGCAGGUGAAAAUGCCCAAGCAGCUGAGCUUCAAAUCGCUGGCCGAAGCCGAAAACGCUCCCGAGUUCAUUAUGACCGAUUUCGGCAAGUGGGAUCACCCGAACAACACGCAGGUCGCUUUCACCGUGCUCGGUCGCUACCAGGAGCAGCACGGCCGUUUGCCACGUCCCUGGAACACAGCGGAUGCGACCGAAUUCGUGGAAAUGUGCCGCGUACGUGCGAAGGAACUGUCGAUCGAGGAGCUGAACGAGUCUAUGCUGACCAAGUUCGCAAAGGUUUGCGCCGGCGAUUUAUGUCCGAUGAACGGUGCGAUUGGUGGCAUUACUGCGCAGGAAGUGAUGAAGGCUUGUACGGGCAAGUUUACGCCCAUCUAUCAGUACUUGUGCUACGAUGCGAUUGAGUGCCUGCCGGAGGCCGACCUGACGGAGGAAGAGUGUGCACCGACCGGAUCGCGCUACGAUGGGCAGAUUGCUGUGUUUGGCCGUAAGUUCCAGGAUGUGUUGGGACAGUUGAAGUACUUCAUCGUCGGCGCUGGUGCUAUCGGUUGUGAGCUGCUAAAGAACUUCGCCAUGAUUGGCGUUGCGUCCAAGGAGGAUGGCGAGAUCAUCGUGACCGACAUGGAUCUGAUCGAGAAGAGCAAUCUGAAUCGUCAGUUCCUUUUCCGCCCGCACGACGUACAGCAGCCGAAGUCUCGUGUAGCUGCCCAGGCAGUGAAGCGUAUGAAUGGGGACAUCAAGGUAACGUCGCACGAAAACCGUGUCGGGCCGGAAACGGAGCGGUUCUACGACGAUACGUUCUUUAACCGGCUGGAUGGUGUUGCAAAUGCGCUGGACAACAUUGACGCACGUAUCUACAUGGAUCGCCGCUGUGUGUACUACCGCAAGCCACUGUUGGAGUCAGGAACGCUCGGAACUCUCGGCAAUAUUCAGGUUGUUGUGCCGUUCCUGACCGAAUCGUACAGCUCGUCGCAGGAUCCACCAGAGAAGUCGAUUCCGAUCUGCACGCUGAAAAACUUCCCGAACGCGAUCGAACACACUUUGCAAUGGGCCCGGGACACGUUCGAGGGUAUCUUCAAGCAGGUGGCCGAGAAUGCUGCCCAGUACAUUACGGAUCCAACCUUCAUUGAGCGCACGCUAAAGCUACCCGGCGUUCAACCUCUCGAGGCACUCGAGUCUGUGAAGAAAGCACUGAUCGACGAUAGGCCGAAAUCAAUUGAAGACUGCGUAAAAUGGGCCCGUAUGUACUUUGAGGAGCAGUACUCGAAUCAGAUCCGCCAGCUGCUCUUCAACUUUCCGCCCGACCAGAUGAGCUCCACCGGGCAACCGUUCUGGUCCGGUCCGAAGCGUCUGCCGGAGGCAAUCACGUUCGAUCCGGAAAACGCGUUGCACCUGGAUUACAUCUUCGCGACCGCCAACCUGAAGGCGGAAGUGUACGGCAUUCCACAGCAGCGCAAUCGGGAUGCCAUCCGAAAGCUGGUGAUGGCCGUUGAGGUGCCGAAGUUUACGCCACGUUCCGGCGUGAAAAUUGCCGUCACCGAUUCUGCCCUGCAAGCGGAGGAGAAUGGAGGCGGUGGUGGUGGUGGUGGCGGUGGCGUUGGUGGAGAAGAUCUCGACCCGGACCGCAUCAGUCGGCUGCAGAGCGAGCUGGCAGCAUUGGGCAAGCCGGACUUUACAAUUACGCCGCUCGAGUUCGAAAAGGACGACGAUAACAAUCUGCACAUGGACUUUAUUGUGGCCGCGUCGAACCUGCGCGCUGCAAACUACAAAAUUCCGCCCGCAGAUCGCCACAAGUCGAAGCUGAUUGCGGGCAAAAUUAUGCCGGCCAUUGCCACCACGACGUCGCUCGUGGCCGGAUGCGUUUCGCUGGAGCUGUACAAGCUGGCUCAGGGUUUUAACACGCUGGAGCGCUUCAAGAACGGCUUCCUGAACCUGGCGCUGCCCUUCUUUACCUUCUCCGAGCCAAUCCAGGCGAAGAAAGCGACCUACUACGACAAAGAGUGGACGCUGUGGGACCGGUUCGAGGUGAAGGGUGAGCUGACGCUGCAGGAGUUCCUCGACUACUUCGACCGCGAGCACAAGCUGAAGAUCACGAUGCUGUCGCAGGGUGUCUGCAUGCUGUACGCGUUCUUCAUGACGAAGCAGAAGCAGCAGGAACGGCUGAAUCUGCCCAUGUCCGAGGUCGUGCGGAAGGUGUCGAAGAAGAGUAUUGAGCCGCACGUUCGUGCGCUCGUGUUUGAGAUCUGCUGUAACGACGAGGCCGGCGAGGACGUGGAGGUGCCGUACGUGCGCUACGUGUUGCCUUGAAUAUCUUAACUCGCUGCUUAUCGAUAGAACGACGCAAAGUGGGGGGGUAGGGGGGGGGAGGGGAGAGAGUGGAGGGUAGGGGAUUCGCGGGGGGGGGGGAGAACGAGAUUGGGAGAAAGGACGCAUAAGGUCGCAUUAUCCGUAUAACACACACACCACGAUCCAGGAACUACGGAAUGGCGCAAUUUCAACAUCAGCAGAUGCAUCAUGGUACAGUGGACAGGUUCUCGAGCUCUCAAGCGUGCAUUUUUGUGCAGCCAUGGUUUCCGUUCCUAUGCAAUGAAUGCUACUUCGCGGCUUACCGGCCCCUUUGUUCUCCAGUUUUCCUCUCCUGUGUGGUGGUGUAUCAGAGCUAGUAUUUAUUUUUCAUUAAUAUUCCUACUACGCCCCUUUGUCGUUGGCCGGGGGGGAUGGUGAGACCGAACAGCUCCUUCCUCCAUCCCUCCCUCUUCAACCUCGUAUUGCGUACGACAGCAAAUAGCUGAUCUCGAGCGAUGAUGAUGAUGAUGAUGAUGAUGGAUGAGAAAUAGGUGGAAAGGUGGAAAUGAAAUAAUAGCACACACACGAAUGAUAUGAGAUACAGUAGUUCGUUCGGUUUUUUUUUGUCUGGAGGACGGUAGUAUACGGAGCAGAGCUGCAGCGCGCACUGACCGACCGACCCGAAGGAUGAUCGAAUGGAAAAGGUAUAAUAAAAGCAUAGCUUUUUUUUAACAACAUGUUUCAUUUUCUGCUACCGUACCGUGUCCAUGUUUUGUUGUCGUGUGAGGCCAGAGGAAGCUGAUUGUGUUUGUAUGUGUGUGUGUGUGUGUGGAGUCGUCAUCCCCGUAGGGUUUUGAACAUAAAUCAAUGAUAAUGGUGGAUAGUUAAUUGUAGCCGCGUCUCGUAGUACAGCGCAGGCAGCAGCGACCUCUGCCGUUGGUGGCGCGAAGCUAGGUGUGUGGUAAGCUUAUGAUGAUAAAAAAAAAAAACAAGGAGUAAAGGAAAGCAGGAACGGACCGAUUUUAUAAAUGUAAUAAUGCAAGAUUUGAAUUGUUUUCUUACUAUGUGCUCUCUCGUGCGUUGCACGUUGAAGCGAAGCAAGGUUAGCACGUUUCUUAACCCAUCAUUUUCAGUCGGAUGGAGGAGCGCAUUGGAGGAUUAAAUCGAAGAUCGCGCAGUAAAGAAAAAAAAAUAGUAAACCAGAACUUGUGGGACAAAAGCAAAAAAAAAAAAAAACCGAUAGAGAGCGGUCGUUUCGUAGCUGUUUGUUGUGUUUUCUCUUGUACCGUGUAAUAAUCGUACGCCGUAACUCAUGAUGCUAUGUUGUGCCGGACUGCUGCACUACGACGCCCACUGCUGUCCGCGUAAGGAACAGGUCGCUGGCAAAAGAAAAUUCUCCCUCUGCGGGAUGUUAGAUAUAUAUUUGAAGAAUAAACUUUUCACAUACCUUCACCCACCAUUCAA